UCCACCGGCGAUGCGCUCAGACCCGCUCAGCCGGCCUCACCCAUUGCUCCCCUCCCUUCCCGGCAAUGGACGCAGCGCCGCCUACUUUCGGGCAGUGCGCCUCUUACUGGGAAAAUAGAUGUUGCAAAAAAAAAAACAUGUAUAUUUAACCAAUCUCUCAAAUCCAGCAGUUUAACCUUAAUUUGAUAAAUUGUGUGAAAUCAUUAGCAAUCGGCAAAGUUCAGUGAAUUUAAUAUGCAAAUAAUACUUGAGGGGAGUCAUGAGUUGGGGCAAUGUUGUCAUUUGAAAGGGGUGCGUGAGAGAUCGGUCUGGCAUGAUUGAAAUAGAAUAAGCGGAAUGGAGUAGGAGCAGCAACAGGCAACUGCAGCAGCACAUGACUGCGCAAUCAAAGCUUCGAUACCCCCGUCUCAAAUCCACAGCUUUUCCACUCAAGUGAUUGGAUUUCUUCCCUUCUUCUGUUAUAUUCUAAAACCCUAAUCUAUGGCGGUUUCAGAAGAACAAUCUGCAUCGUCGUCGUCAAAUGCAUCUACCCUCCGAUCACCUUCCGAUGCAUUUUACUUGGCCAAAACUGUCCUCAGAGGCAGCGUUGUUCUUCAAGCUGUCUCCGGCCACUUCCGCUCCUCAUCUUCCUACGACGUCGUCUUCGGAAAGGAAUCAUCAAUAGAACUGGUGAUAAUUGAUCAAGGUGGGAUUGUUCAAUCUAUUUCUGAACAACCUGUGUUCGGCACUAUAAAAGAUUUAGCAGUCCUUCCCUGGAACAACAAGUUUCAUGUGCAGAAUCCUAAGAUACUGGGGAAGGACAUUUUACUUGUGGUUUCUGAUUCUGGAAAGCUUUCGUUUCUGACCUUUUGCAAUGAAAUGCACAGGUUUUUCCCUUUAAGCCAUGUUCAACUUUCUGAUCCUGGAAAUUCAAGGCAUCAAGUUGGAAGGAUGCUGGCGGUUGAUUCCAGUGGUUGUUAUGUUGCUGUUAGUGCAUAUGAGGAUCAGUUGGCUAUUUUUUCGGUCUCAAUGUCUGAAAGUGGUGAUAUCAUUGAGAAGAAAAUCUUUGUUCCUCCUGGAAAAGAUGGACACUUGGAAUCUGCAAAGGGUUUUACUAAUAUUUCUGGUACUAUAUGGAGCAUGUGCUUCAUCUCGCGAGAUUACAAUCAAACUGGACAAGAACAGAAUCCUUUGCUGGCCAUACUUCUUAAUAGGCGCGGAUCUUUUUAUCGGAAUGAGCUUAUGUUGCUAGAAUGGGACAUUGCGGAACAAGCUAUACAUGUGGUAUAUCAAUUUGCAGAAGCUGGACCAUUAGCAUAUCAUAUUGUUGAAGUCCCUCAAUCUCAUGGGUUUGCCUUCCUCUUUAGGGCCGGUGAUAUUGUCCUAAUGGAUUUCAGGAAUGUUCAGAGCCCUUCUUGUGUCUACAGGACAAGCUUAAAUUUCACACCGGUGGAGGAAACGAAAUUCAAAAACAUUAUUAGAAUACCAGAUAUUAUGGAUGAAGAAGGUAUUUAUAGUGUCGCUGCCUCUGCUUUACUGGAGCUCGGUGACAUAAAUAAAAGUGAUGAUCCAAUGAAUAUCGAUGACUAUAGUAAUGUACUACCUGGUUCUAAUUAUGUUUGCUCAUGGAGUUGGGAACCUAUUAUAACUAAUGCUCCUAGAAUAUUAUUUAGUGCUGACUCUGGGGAUCUCUAUGCAAUUGAAGUCCUUUUUGAGUCGGAUGGCCCCAGAGUAAGUUUAUCUGAUUGUCUUUAUAAAGGUCUACCAUGCAAUGCUCUGUUAUGGCUUGAUGGUGGAUUUCUGGCAGCUAUUGUUGAUAUGGCUGAUGGGAUGAUCUUAAAAUUUGAAGAGGGAUUUCUACAGUACAGAGGUUCAGUUCAAAACAUCGCACCAAUCUUGGACAUGUGUAUUGUUGAUUAUCCUGAUGAAAAACAUGAUCAAAUGUUUGCCUGCUCUGGGAUAGCAUCUGAGGGAUCCUUAAGGAUCAUUCGGAGUGGUAUCAGUGUGGAGAAAUUACUGAAAACUGCUCCAAUUUAUCAAGGCGUAACUGGUACAUGGACUGUUAAUUUGAAAGUUUCGGAUCCUUAUCAUUCUUUUCUAGUACUGUCAUUUGUGGAAGAGACCAGAGUUCUUUCAGUUGGUGUCAGCUUUUCUGAUGUAACUGACUCGGUAGGUUUUAGGCCUGAUGUUUGUACUUUGGCUUGUGGUGUUGUGGCUGAUGGUGUAUUAGUUCAAAUUUACCAAUCUGGAGUUAGACUGUGUUUGCCCGUUGGAGCAGCAGUGCCUCCUGAUGGUAUUCCUUUGUCAUCUCCAGUAUGCACAUCAUGGUUCCCUGAAAAUAUGACUAUAAGUCUCGGAGCUGUUGGGCAGAGCAUAAUAGUUGUAGCGACAUCCAGUCCAUCCUUCUUAUUCAUCCUUGGUAUUAGAGCUUUGUCGGCAUAUCAUUACAAUAUUUAUCAAAUGCAAUGUGUAAACUUGCAGAAUGAGUUAUCUUGUAUUUCAAUACCUCAGAAGCACCCUGAUCUGAAUAAAGUUUUGAUGGAUUUUUCAGUCAAUAAUCUUGUGACAACCUCUCCGUCUGGAGAUCAUGUUGAUAAUAUAUUUGUUAUUGGUACUCAUAAGCCUUCAGUAGAAGUUGUGUCCUUUACACAUGCGAAGGGGCUACAAGUUCUUGCCACAGGGACCAUAUCACUAACAAACACUAUGGGGACUUCUGUUAGUGGGUGUGUUCCACAAGAUGUGAGGCUUGUUAUGGUUGACCGCCCGUAUGUUCUUUCGGGAUUAAGGAACGGAAUGCUACUUAGGUUUGAGUGGCCUAGUACCUCAACACCCUUUCCAAUUAGGCCACCUGCUCAGCAGAAUUUUGUUGGUACCUCUACAAUUAACUUCCAGGUCUCAUCAAACUCGGUCUCUUCUAAGAAUGAAGUACCAAUGUCUAUGUCCAGUACAUCCUAUAGUACUGAAGGAGACUUACCUGUUGAUCUUCAGCUGAUUGCUGUACGCCGUAUUGGUAUCACACCUGUUUUCUUGGUUUCAUUAAGUGAUUCCAUUGAUGCUGAUAUGAUUGCUCUCAGUGAUAGGCCUUGGCUAUUGCAGACUGCAAGACACAGCCUAUCUUAUACAUCCAUAUCAUUUCAACCUUCUACUCAUGUCACUCCUGUAUGUUCGACUGAAUGCCCCAGUGGAAUCUUGUUUGUUGCGGAAAAUAGUCUCCACUUGGUGGAAAUGGUGCCGAGUAAGAGGCUUAAUGUGCAGAAAUUUCAUCUUGGCGGCACCCCAAGGAAAGUUUUAUAUCACAACGAAAGCAGCCUGUUGCUUGUCAUGAGGACAGAGUUGGAUAAUGAUUCAUGCUCCUCGGAUGUUUGUUGUGUGGAUUCUUUGAGUGGCUCAGUUUUGGCAUCUUUCAAAUUUGAACCUGGGGAGACAGGGAAAUGCAUGGAGUUUGUAAAGGUUGGGAAUGAGAACGUGUUGGUGAUUGGAACUAGCUCAUCUGCUGGACCAGCUAUUAUGCCAAGUGGUGAAGCUGAGAGUACAAAAGGCCGCUUGGUGGUUCUUUGCCUUGAACACUUGCAAAAUUCAGACACUGGUUCUAUGACCCAGAGAAGUUCACCUAUUGGUAGUCAUGCUGCAGAACAGCUUUCGUGCAGUAGUAUCUGCAGCAGUCCAGAUGAUAAUAGUUCUGAUGGUGUCAAACUUGAAGAAACUGAAUCCUGGCACUUGCGCUUGGCCUAUUCAGCUGUCUGGCCAGGGUUGGUUACCGCUGUCUGCCCUUACCUUGACUGCUACUUCUUGGCUUCCGCUGGUAAUUCUUUUUAUGUGUGUGGUUUUCCGAAUGAUAACUCUCAAAGGGUGAGAAGGCUGGCAGUUGGAAGAACACGUUUUAUGAUAAUGACUCUGACUGCACAUUUCACCAGGAUAGCUGUUGGUGAUUGCCGAGAUGGUGUUCUUUUCUAUUCAUACCAUGAGGAUUCCAGAAAAUUGGAGCAAAUAUAUUGUGAUCCUGUCCAGAGACUGGUUGCUGAUUGUGUCCUAAUGGAUGAUGAUACUGCCUUUGUUUCAGACCGGAAGGGGAGUGUUGUUGUCUUAUCGUCUGCAAAUCAUUUAGAAGACAAUGUUAGUCCAGAACGGAACUUGACUCUAAGUUGUUCGUAUUAUAUGGGUGAAAUUGCCAUGAGCAUGAGGAAGGGAUCAUUCUCAUACAAACUUCCAGCAGAUGAUGUGCUAAGGGACUGUGAUGCUGUUAGUACUAACAAUAAUUUAUUAAGAAACUGUGUCAUGGCAUCGACACUGUUGGGAAGCAUAAUAAUCUUCAUUCCUAUGACAAGGGAGGAAUACGAGCUAUUAAAAGACGUUCAGGCUAGGUUGGUCAUUGACCCUCUUACUACUCCAAUUUUGGGAAAUGAUCACAAUGAGUUCCGCAGCCGCGAAUGUCGGGGUGGGGUACCUAAGAUACUGGAUGGGGACAUUCUGGCUCAAUUCUUAGAGCUUACAAGUAUGCAACAAGAGGGUGUUUUGGCAUUACCUGCAAACCUAAGCCAUAAACCUCCCACUCCAGUAAUGGUUAAUCAGGUUGUUCGCCUGCUUGAGCGAGUUCAUUAUGCCUUAAACUAAUUCCUCCCAUUUCCACUUCCAACACCGUAUGAUCAUCUUUGGGUGCUUCACAGUUCAAAUUUGGGUAACGAUGCAUCCUCUGUUGUAUAAUACCAUGCAUAGCAUGUACAAUUUUGUCAUAGUAAUAGUUGCUCUUUCGAUAAGAUUGUAAAGCGUUAUAGAGGAGGGUUCCAGUUGUAUAUUUAGAUUCCAAAAUUUGAUUUGUUUUUUCAUCCAAAGUAAUGAAAUACAUUUGAGUGAA